CUGAGAAAAUUCAAAAGUAAUAGGUAGGGAUGGGGAUAGAAUAGGUCAUCAUUGCUGGGAAAUGUAAAGGACCCUGACUAAACUGGAGCGGAGUUAGGCUGCUGGUGGGGGUGGAGAGAGAAAGAGAGAGAGGGAGAGAUGUGUGUGGGGGGGAGCGCUGCUUCAUCUUUUGAGAGGAGGGAAAACAAAAGAGCUCAGCUGCAGUUUUGUGUUUCUGUGUCUGGCUUUAGCAGAAAAUUCUAGACAUCCGUCCUGAAAAAUCAAAGCACAGCUGAGAGACUACAUCUAUCAGGAAGAUAUUUUUUCCCCUCAGAAUGGGUUGGAUCAGUACAGGUGGUUUGCAGAUCAUGCGAAGACAGACUGGCUGAGCACCAUGGAAAGGCACCACAAGGCCACAUAAGGAGGGGGAGGUCCCUGGUGUGGACUAUAUUUUCAUCACUGUUGAAGAUUUUAUGGAGUUGGAGAAAAGCGGUGCUCUCCUAGAAAGUGGAACAUAUGAAGACAACUAUUACGGCACUCCAAAACCUCCUGCCGAACCAGCUCCACUACUGUUAAAUGUAACAGACCAGAUCCUUCCAGGUGCAACACCUAGUGCUGAAGGCAAACGGAAGCGAAAUAAGUCAGUGAGCAAUAUGGAAAAGACAGGUAUUGAACCACCUGAGGAGGAAGAAGAAGAGAGGCCUGUAGUUAAUGGAAAUGGCAUGGCUGUAACACCAGAAUCAAGUGAACAUGAGGAGAAGAGUAUGGGCGUCUCAGGUGAAAUUUCCUCACAGCCUUGCCCUGCACCAGGAUACAGUCAGCCUGAAGAAGCAAAGGAGGAUAUGGACGUAACAAAGCAGACAAAACCUGAAGAGAAUGAUGAUUUGGGCCCGUUGCCUGAUAACUGGGAAAUGGCUUACACAGAAAAAGGGGAAGUCUACUUUAUUGACCAUAACACAAAGACAACAUCAUGGCUGGAUCCACGACUUGCGAAAAAGGCUAAACCUCCAGAAGAGUGCAAAGAAAAUGAGCUUCCAUAUGGCUGGGAGAAAAUUGAUGAUCCCAUUUAUGGCACUUAUUAUGUUGACCACAUAAAUAGAAGAACGCAAUUUGAAAAUCCUGUCCUAGAAGCAAAAAGGAAGCUACAGCAACAUAACAUGCCCAACGCAGAACUUGGAACUAAGCCUAUGCAGGCCCAAAGUUUCCGAGUAGAAAGCUCCUCAUCAACAUUACCUAGGCCAAAACAUGUUCACCUGCGCCCUGCUCUUCAGAGGUCUCUCAGUGUGAAUGACUUGUCUCAGUGUCGGCGGGACUAUGCUGGAAUGUACAGGCUGUAUGAAAAACCACUCUUCACCCGUGAUGCAUCACAACUGAAAGGGACUUUCCUCAGCACAACUCUCAAGAAGAGCAACAUGGGCUUUGGAUUUACCAUCAUUGGUGGGGACGAGCCAGAUGAGUUUCUACAAGUGAAGAGUGUAAUUCCUGAUGGGCCUGCAGCACAGGAUGGUAAAAUGGAGACAGGUGAUGUCAUUGUCUAUAUUAAUGAAGUUUGUGUCCUUGGACAUACUCACGCAGAUGUAGUCAAACUCUUCCAAUCAGUUCCUAUUGGUCAGAGUGUCAACUUGGUGCUAUGUCGUGGAUACCCUUUGCCCUUUGAUCCUGAAGAUCCUGCCAACAGCAUGGUGCCACCACUUGCAGUAAUGGAGAGGCCUCCAGUAGUGGUAAAUGGAAGACAUAACUAUGAAACUUAUUUGGAAUACAUAUCUAGGACCUCUCAAUCUGUUCCAGAUAUAACAGAUCGACCACCACAUUCCUUGCACUCCAUUCCAGCAGAUAGUCAACUUGAUAGCACAUUCCCACCACCUGUUCAUGAUGAUAAUGUAUCAAUGGCUUCUUCUGGGGCCACACAAGCUGAACUCAUGACCUUAACCAUUGUGAAAGGGGCCCAGGGCUUUGGCUUCACUAUAGCAGACAGUCCUACAGGACAGAGGGUGAAGCAAAUUCUAGACAUUCAGGGAUGCCCUGGUUUGUGUGAAGGUGACCUCAUUGUUGAGAUCAACCAGCAGAAUGUACAGAACCUGAGCCAUGCAGAAGUAGUGGAUAUACUUAAAGAAUGUCCUGUUGGAAGUGAAACUUCUUUGAUUAUACAUAGAGGAGGUUUCUUUUCUCCAUGGAAAACUCCAAAGCCUAUGAUGGAGCGAUGGGAGAACCAAGGCAGUCCUCAGACAAGUUUAUCUGCUCCAGCGAUACCACAGAAUAUUCCCUUUCCACCCACCCUUCACAGGAGUUCAUUUCCUGAUUCAACAGAGGCCUUUGAUCCAAGGAAACCUGACCCAUAUGAGCUAUAUGAGAAAUCAAGAGCUAUUUAUGAAAGUAGGCAGCAAGUGCCGCCCAGGACUGGUUUUCGAAUGGAUUCCUCUGGUCCAGAUUACAAAGAGCUGGAUGUUCACCUUCGGAGGAUGGAGUCUGGAUUUGGCUUCAGAAUCCUGGGAGGAGAUGAACCUGGACAGCCUAUUCUGAUUGGAGCUGUAAUUUCAAUGGGCUCUGCAGACAGAGAUGGUCGUCUACAUCCUGGUGAUGAGUUGGUGUAUGUAGAUGGGAUUCCAGUAGCUGGCAAAACCCACCGAUAUGUGAUUGAUCUCAUGCAUAAUGCAGCCCGAAAUGGGCAAGUGAAUCUUACUGUGAGAAGAAAGGUGCUAUCAACAGAGUCCUGCAGCCAGAAACCCUCCCUCCAACCUGGCACAACACCGCCAAGCAGCUCCCCAAACUCUAGGAAAAUGGCCAGUAACCAAGGAGAACCGUGCCCAGAGAAUGGCAGAAGCCCAGGCUCAGUGUCUACUCACCACAGUUCUCCAAGAAGUGACUAUGCUGCUUACACUAACAGUAAUCAUGCUGUAUCUAGUAGUAAUGCUACACCCCCAGAGGGGUUUAGUUCUCACAGCUUACAAACCAGUGAUGUUGUCAUCCACCGCAAAGAGAAUGAAGGGUUUGGCUUUGUUAUCAUCAGCUCUUUGAACAGGCCUGAGUCUGGAUCUACAAUAACUGUACCCCAUAAAAUAGGGCGGAUAAUUGAUGGAAGUCCUGCUGACCGCUGUGCAAAACUAAAAGUCGGAGACCGGAUCUUAGCUGUGAAUGGCCAAUCUAUUAUUAAUAUGCCUCAUGCAGAUAUUGUGAAGCUAAUUAAAGAUGCAGGUCUUAGUGUAACACUUCGCAUCAUCCCUCAGGAGGCUUCCCAUUAUGCAGAGCUGAACAGUCCAGCUUCAGCACCAAGCUCAGAGAAACAGAGCCCCAUGGCACAGCAGCACAGCCCGAUGGCUCAGCAGAGUCCACUAGCACAGCAGAGCCCAGUAGCACAGCACAGCCCUGUAGCACAGCCACCACCUCCACAACCACUCCAGUUACAAGGACAUGAAAACAGUUAUAGGUCAGAAGUAAAAGCAAGACAAGAUGUGAAACCUGACAUCCGACAACCUCCGUUUACAGACUACCGGCAGCCCUCAACAGACUACAGACAACCUCCAUUAGACUACAGGCAUCCACCAGUAGUGGAUUACCAGCAGCCACCACCUCUGGACUACCGGCAGCCACCUUUGAUAGAUUAUAGGCAGCAUUCUCCUGACACCAGGCAAUACCCUCUCUCAGAUUACAGGCAGCCCCAGGAUUUUGAUUAUUUCACUGUUGACUUGGAGAAGGGAGCCAAAGGAUUUGGAUUUAGCAUUCGAGGAGGAAGAGAGUACAAAAUGGAUUUGUAUGUGUUGAGGUUAGCAGAAGAUGGGCCAGCAAUAAGAAAUGGAAGGAUGAGGGUUGGGGAUCAAAUAAUUGAAAUCAAUGGAGAAAGCACAAGGGACAUGACACAUGCCAGAGCAAUAGAGCUUAUCAAAUCUGGUGGCAGGAGAGUGCGGCUGCUGCUGAAGCGUGGAACAGGCCAGGUCCCAGAAUAUGACGAACCAAACUCCUGGAGUUCUCCCUCUGCCACCUCCCCAGGUCUGCCGGAAGUAGCUAUUUCCCUUGAUGACAUAAUCUCACCAUUAUCUUCAUCACAUCUAGCCCCACCUUCUGACCCUUCCCAUCAGAUAAACCCAGAGCCAACAUGGGAUAUCAAGAGGGAACAUGAUGUAAGAAAACCAAAGGAGCUUUUGGCAAAUGGUCACAAAAAGAAAAGGGUAGGAGAGCAAAGAGAAAGGUCAGCAAGUCCUAAAAAGAUAGACAGGUCAAAGCAUGAAGAGGCUUCUAGGAAGGGAUAUUUAGAAGGCAAAAACAGGACCCCUGAUGGUGGCAGGUCCACCUCUGAAAGUAAAGCUGUGGGACAGAGCACUGUGGUCGAAGCUGGAGCAAGAGAGCAUGUGUGUGCUGGGACCAGUGACGAACAGGUCGGGAGACUGAAGAAGUCAGAAAGCAAGAGAGGGGGAUCUCUAAGUGCAAAAGAAGAUCACAGAUCCUCCAGUACCACUGAGAAGAAACCAGCUGCAGCUUCUGAACAUGUCAGGCUUGACUCAGGUGGUGCUACAAAAACGUACGGUAGCAAUAGCUGUAGCUCAUAUGGAAGCGAUAUGGACCACAACCAGAGGGACCCUGAUGGGAAACCCAGUGAGUUCCCGAGGAAGGGAUAUCUUCAUUCCAUUAACACUCGUAGCACCAACACUACAGUUCGGAAGGCAACCGUCUCACCAGGACCAUGGAAAAUUCCCGGAUCUGAUAAGCUACCUAGCGUACUAAAGUCUGGCACUUCUGCCAUGAGCAGAUAAAUAAGUGACUGUUGCCCUCUAACUGUUUCACAUUGACGCAGAACAUUCUUCUUAGCUUCUGUCUCACAUUGAUUUAUUUUAAUUUAUUUUAACUAUCACGCAUACACACAAAGCAUUGAGGAAUGAAAACAUUAAUGUGUAAUUCCAUGACAAUGUGCACAGUGUCUAAUAAGCUCAAACAGCAUAUAGUCAACAUGGAGAUUUAAAACUGACCCUAAAGUCCCCAGUUCCAUUUUAGGGACUUUGGCAGCUAUGGAAGAAACCAAAACAUUAUGACGGACAGUACAUCAGAGAAGAAUGGUGCAGUGUAGCUUUAGUAUUUUUUCCACUGCAUGAAGGACUUGGAUUUCAUUCAAACUUUAUAUCAAGAAACUGGAACAAGUUAGAGCAAUCACAAACUGGAACAUCGCCUUAAAUAAAAACUGCACGGAGCAAGCUGAAACUGAGAAAGGAUCUUUUAACUGAGCUAAAAUGUUGUAAAUAAAUUGUUCUCAACAUAUCUAGACAGGGGUUAAAGGGUUUCUCUGAAGCAUUUGGAACUGUACACUCAUGAUAUGUCUCCACUGUUAACACUUUGGGAUAAUCCACAUGAUACCCAGUAGCAUAGUUCACUGGGUGCUACAGGAGGAGUUGGGGAAUCUAGUGGAUUAGUUGCUGUGAUACCAUUUCUACUGCCAUUUUUGUGAACAAAUCAUAUUUCUGUACAUUGGAAAGGAGUUAGGGUGGAGUUGUAUUUGCAAAUUGUCCUCGGAAACCGUUUAUCACAGGUUCCCCUAAUAUUGCAUGUAGCACACAAUCUUAAUUGGGCAAGCUCAAAACUGAGACACUAACAAGAUCCUUGUAAUGGAAAGAUGAUUCUUAAAAGAAAAAAAAGCUGCAGCUUCCUUGAAAAAAGGCCUUUCUCUCUUGCAGAAUAUGGUGACUUUGCUAGAGUGCUAUAUUGCAGUUAUUUUUAAAGACUUUAAAUUCUUCUUCUUCACUUUGACAGAACAGAUGCUACUAAGGCAAACAUUCACCCAAACAAAACUUGUUUCUGAGACAGAUGCUCAAGUGUCCUCGUUUGUAGUAUGGAAAUGCCUCUGCUAGCAUUUCUUCCCUUUUUGCCCCGCAUUUUUAUUUUUAUCCUACUUGCUUCCCUGUCUUGAAUUUCAAGCCUUAAGUACUAAUGCUUAACUUUCCAGUCUGCCUUCAUAAGACUCCAUGUGCCGUCAGCACCGUCUUGUCCCUGGUAAGUUACUGUAGGGUUUGUUCGUUGUGUGCCAAAAAAGCCAUGGGCAAUAAUACACUGGUUGUUAAAAAAAAAAUCAGGAAGAUAAAUAUUCUCAGAAAAGUAUAUAUUUUAAAGUUAGGUAUCAACUGUUCUGCAUGUGCUCUCUCCAGAAGAGUCACAUUUGAGAUUAGCAUUGUUCCAAUAGGUUAGUACCCUACUAUCGCUCUAAAAUAUUGCUCUAGACUGAGAUACUCAGUUUCAUUCUCUUCUUACAAGUAUGUGGGCAUGGUUU